GUCCAGCCCGAGAUACUUGCCCAGCUAAAACACCUUGACCUAUCUUCGCACAUUGUCUUCAAAGAAAGGAACUUCGUCGGUGGAGGUGGCUAUGGUGAUAUUUUCAAAGGACGUUGUAGCUUCCCUGAGCGAGGUAAAGUAAGGGUGGCAAUUAAACGAUUACGGUUUUAUUUGAAGGAAGAUAUCAAAUCUCUCUUCGAGAAGGAGAUCUAUGUUUGGUCUAAGCUAAAGCAUGAUAACAUCUUGCCGCUGCUAGGCUUUGCAUUUGCCAACGAAUACAGAUACCCGCUGCUCAUCUCGGAAUGGAUGGAUAGAGGAUCGGCAUGGUCAUAUGUAAAGGCACACUUACAAUGCGACAUUAUGCAUUUAGUCAUUGGAAUUGCUCAAGGCCUCGCCUAUCUUCACGCCAAAGGCGUAGUGCAUUCCGACAUCAAAUCGGAUAAUGUUUUAGUCUCGAACACCGGAGACGCAUUACUGUGUGACUUCGGAUGUGCCCGAAUGAUGAGCGCGACGCGAAGCUUGGUCAAUUUCAGCAGCGGCAUCCGAGGAACAUCUCGGUAUUUGGCAUGUGAGCUCCUUGCUCUUUCCGGGCAGUCGACGGGUCACACCAAGCAGACCGACAUCUGGGCCUUUGGAAUGGCUGUCUUCGAGUUACUCACGCGGCAACGACCGUUCGCAGACCUAUCUGACUCACAAGCGAUAGCUGCCAUAGCUCGAAAUGAAUUACCUGUACUUCCACCUGUAUCCGAAUAUUGGGCUUCUAGAGGAAAAGAGGUAUUGCAAGAUCUUUGGGAUGUGUGUCUGGAUUGCUGGGAACGCAAUCCCGCAGAUCGCCCAGACAUGAAUUCAAUCCUCCAGAAAUUGACGAGGAUGAAGGACGCACGCAAUCCGGCGAGAAAGAACGCAGAUGCCAACCCCGAUCUUCAUGUUGCAGAACCAGAGGCUCGACGUAUAGACUCAUCAGCAGCACCUAUCCCUCAUUUUCCAUCUGCAUACCGUCCUGUCCUAGUCAGAUCUUUUGUCGAUGAUGUGCUACCUGAGGAUGCACCUUCUGAACAGAAGACAAGAAGCUCCGGCUGGUCUGUCGUUUUCAAUCCUCGAUUAAAACGGACCCUCAACGUGUACUCCGAAUGCGAGCUGAAGCUUGAAGGGCCCGUAAGCUGCGUGAGAUUCUCUACAGAUGGCAGGCUCCUUGCAACGUAUUGCGGAAACAUCAUUCGAAUAUAUGAAACACGAACGCGGAAGAAAAUUUGUAUCUUAUUUACUGGAAAUAUGGGCUCGAGGAAUGUCUCGCAUGCUAAAGCUCUGCGAUUUAGCCCCGAUUCAAAAUAUCUGGCUCUGGGAAUGCCGGGAAACGCGAUUAAGAUAUGGGAUAUAGCGACGAAAAAAGUCAAGCACCUUUUUCAAGGCCAUCAGCGGCAGGUAACCUCAGUCGUGUUCUCCGGUGAUGGUAAAUCCCUUGUUUCUGGAUCAGCUGAUGGCACGUUACGCGUGUGGGAGUUAGAUACGGGACCAAAGAAGGUCCUUCAUAUAAAGGAGCCACCGGAGGUGGAUACGAGGAUCAACGAUGUCGCGAUCUCUCCCGAUGGCCAUCUUAUCGCUGCCGGGUCCGUGGAUUCCGUUGUACGCAUAUGGGAGACGCAAAGUGGAAAUCUUGUUGAGCGUUUAAAAGGCCAUCGUGAUGCCGUAUCAUGCGUGGCAUUCUCAGCUGACGGUAAGAAUCUGUUCAGUGGGAGUUCCGAUAAGGCGGUGAAGGUUUGGGACAUUGGUGCUCUUGGAACUGGUCCUGUUCGGCGACUCCCACUUCCUCCCUCGUGCAAGCCGACAGGCAAACGGGGAGGUACAAAUGCAAAUUUACCCUCGCGUCCGAAGCGCGAACUACCUGCUCCUCCUGUGGAAAAACCUCCACCAGGAACGAUUGUAGGUAGCGACGUUAUGGCUGAACUCGCUCGAGAACGCGGAGAACGAGGAAGCGUUAAUACACUGAACUUUGUUGGUCAUAAUGACUCUAUACUGUACAUCACAGAGAGCCGAGAUGGCCAAUGGUUUGCAAGUGGAUCAAAGGAUCAUAGUGUGUACCUCUUCGAGAAGAGCACCAUGAAGGCCCAGUUCAUGCUACAGGGUCAAAGGAGCACUGUCCUCUCAGCGGAUUUCAGUCAGACUGGCGAGUUGUUUGCAACUGGUUGCGUUGAUACAUACGUGCGGAUAUGGAAUUACGAGCGGAUUGCAACGUGAAAUGUAUUCUAUAUUUAAUUGGUAAUUAUUUUGUUUGCCAAAGUAUUAUUUUAGGUGUUUCGUUCCAUAUGAGGUCAAUCUACGAGCAAUAUAGACAUUCGGCCUAUACGCAACUGACUGUCCAACCUUGUAUUUCUCACUCAACUUUGGCUCAAGCACGUCCAAAACAAUAACGCUUUGGGAAUAUCUUUCCGGCCGGGCCUACCGUUCCUUCUACGACCACAGGGUUGCGACUACCCUACCACAUGCACGUAGGACAUCCAUGCAAGCAUGACAGCUUUAGAACACAGUUCUAAGCGACUUCCUUUCGAGACUUGGUUGUAACAUUACCUGCACGGGGAUAGAUCCACAUAAUCUACGUGAGACGCAGCGUCUGCAACAUAUAGGUAACCUCGGAAGAAGAAUUCGCCAUCACGAGAAGCAGAAAAAUGAAAGCAACUACCGGCCACGCAUCCCGACGUAGCACCACCUACCAACGAUGUUUGAAUGGUGUGGGCCCAGCCUCA